AUGGCUAUCUCUAUCAAAAACGUCAUUGUACUCGGCCUAUUGGCCCUGUGUGCCGGAGUCCAUGCUCACUCUGACCAUCAUCACAAUGAAGAUGAGGAAAUAAUCCUGACACAAAGUAAAAAGGAGGAACUUUUACUGAAAUGGGAGCAAGAAUGGGGAUUUUCUGGUGUUUCGACAUUUGCGCAUAUGAAAACAGUCAAAUGUCUCAUUGAGCCGGAUGAGAGGUACGAUAUUGCUGUUAUUGGGGCACCAUUCGAUACUGCUGUUAGCUAUCGACCAGGCGCACGAUUUGGUCCUCGCGCAAUCCGCGCAGCCAGUGGCCGCCAGCUCCCAGGAACAAGCUACAACGCCCGCGCAGCCAUAAACCCCUACAAAUCAUGGGCCACAAUCCUCGACUGCGGCGACAUCCCCAUCACGCCCUUUGACAACGCACUAGCCGAACGACAAAUGUAUGAAGCCUUUUUAGAGUUGGGAACCCGUCCUGCAAAGACCACUUCCGCUCCCAACGAUAAGGGGAUUGGAGCUGGAAAACCGAAAUUAGUCACAUUGGGAGGUGACCAUAGCAUCGCCCUACCGGCACUAAGGGCUCUGUAUCAGAUAUAUCAAAAACCUAUCACAGUACUACAUUUUGAUGCGCAUCUAGAUACCUGGAAUCCCGUCCGAUAUGCCUCGUACUGGCUCUCGGAGCAAUCCCGGUUUAAUCAUGGAAGUUUCUUCCACAUCGCCAGUACCGAAGGUCUGAUUUCGAAUACCACCUCUGCGCACGCAGGUCUCAGGACAAGACUAACCGGUAUCGAUGACGGGGAUUACACCAACCCCGGUCCCGAACAAGGAUUCAUGCGUAUCCAUGCCGAUGAUAUCGACGACAUCGGCACCAGCGGCAUAAUCGACUCAAUCAUAAACCGUAUCGGCCUCGACCCCGAUCAACCCGUCUAUCUAUCCGUAGAUAUCGACGUGCUCGAUCCCGGCACUGCCCCUGGAACAGGAACCCCCGAACCCGGUGGCUGGACAACGCGCGAAAUGAUCCGUAUCCUGCGCGGAAUCGAAAAAUUGAAUCUCGUGGGCGCCGAUAUUGUGGAGGUUAGUCCUAGUUAUGAUAAUGUUGGGGAGACGACUGCGUUGGCAGCGGCGCAGGUUGUGUUUGAGAUUAUUACGAGUAUGGUUAAGGCUGGGUCAGGGAGGGAUUUGGGGGGGUGGUAUGGGAAGAAGGAUGGGGAGGUUUUUGAGGGGGGGAAGGGGAAGGAUGAGUUAUAG